GUUUGCAACUGCGGCUGGUGGUGGUGUGUGUGCAUUUUUUUGUGAUAAUUUCAACAGCACGAAAAUAACAUGUAAAACAAAAUAAAUAUCAAUAAAGCCUAGGGAAAAAGUGAAUUAAUUAAGUUCAUACUGUUAUUUCUGAUCGUCUCAACUGCAAGCUAUAAUCAUGGGGGACAAAGAUAAGUCUAAACUCAAUGCCCAAAACAAACACAUUCCGAAGGACGCUCAAGUGAUCAUGUCCAUCAUGAAGGAAGUGGGGAUCACGGACUACGAGCCCCGCGUCGUGAACCAGCUGCUGGAGUUCACGUACAGAUACGUCACAUCGAUAUUGGACGAUGCGCGCGUUUUCGCCAACCACGCCAAGAAAAAGACUAUUGACCUGGAAGAUGUCCGAUUGGCUGUCCAAAUGCAGUUGGAUAAAUCAUUCACAAGCCCUCCGCCACGCGAGGUUCUUCUAGAAGUCGCCAGAACUAAGAAUGUGAACCCUCUGCCGUUGAUAAAGCCACACUGUGGUCUGAGGUUGCCACCAGACCGUUACUGCCUAUCAGCCUGCAACUACCGCCUUAAGCCAGCCAAAAAAGCCCCAGUCAAAGCCACAGUUGCUACGGCUCCCGCAAUCAAAACCAUUACCACUGCCAAAUCAAACUUGGGUCAGCAGAAUGUUGUGAUGAAAAGACCUUCCGGUGGCAUAGUCAACGUCUCUGCAUCAAAACCUAAUGUUGUACCUAAGCCUGUAUUGAAGUUUACGUCCAGUAGCAAGGUUGUGGCCAAGCCUGCUGUACGAGUGACUGCCGGGCCCUCAGCCCAGGGGCCUGUGAAGAUGGAAGUAGACGACCAGACUGGGGCUCAAAAGCGGAAGAGGGAGGACGAUGACUAUGACAUGUAAAAUAUUUUAUUUCUCACUAGGUUAAAGGUUGAUUUGUUAAGAUUAAUGAAGUAUAGUGAUUAAUACAGAUUUUUAAUUUCAAUGGUA